UCUGAAGCGGAAGCGGCGUCGUUGUACUGAGCCGGUGAGGGGAGGAUAGGAAACCUGUUGGGCUUUGUUGAGACGAAGACAAGCCGAACAGUUUUCCAAUCAAUUCAGGUUCUGCUCUUCAAUUUCUGUAAAAUCUUCAAUCGUUUCGAUUCCCUUCCCCGAGGUUAGCCAUGUACACUAACCUCUCAAAGACGCAGGCUUUCUCCUCCACCGUCAGGCUCUGUAUCAAACCUCAAUUCCUCCCUUCUUCAUCUACUCCAAAACCCCAGCUAAACCCUGGUUUCCUUAGCUUCAAUGGCCGCAAAGGCCCAACCUUGGGGAUGGCCACCAGGAAAUCUCCUCCGGGAAUCGGUAGCUCAGCAAAACCCAGAAUUUUUUCAAGGGGGUUUAAGGUUAGAGCCCCUGCUCUGCACUGUAAAGUUGCAAAACUUCAGGCUUUUUCGAGUUUAGGUUACGAGGAAAUGGGCGGGGGAAGCUCUGCGGCGAGAACUGGGAAAACCCUUCCGUGGCUAUCGCCAGAUGAAGCUCGGGAAUCGAAACUUUCGACUAGGGCCUCUAUGAGAAAUGAUGUUCAGUCUUCUUGGGAACAAUCGGCAAGGAGGUUAGAGGAGGAGGGGUUUGAUAAAGCUAAGUCCUUUAAUGGGAAGAAUAGCACAUUUGAUCGGGUCGAUGAAGGAACGAAGAGAAAUGGUGUUGGUGUGGAGGAGAUUAGGCAUAGCAGGAUUAAAUGGAGGCGCGAUGACGAUGAAGAUGGUGAACGAGGGAUGGACGACGAAAGAGGAGGAGGAGAAGAUGAAAGGGAUGAUGACCCAAGAUGGGAUAAGAUUAAGACGAGGUUCGGGAGAUUUGGGAGGUCUGAGAGACCGGAGAUGCGGAGGUGGAGUAACCAGGAAAAUUGGGGCAGAAAGACGUGGAAGGAGGCCACGGGACCAAGCCCUCCAAAGAUGGCUGGUGAAGGAGUCUACGGGGUGGGACCUGUGCUUGCUGCAUUAUCAGCUGCAAGAAGAGAGUUCUAUGCUCUUUACCUCCAGGAAGGGCUUGAUUUGAGCAGUAACAAUAGGAGGAAGAAGGACAAGAAAGGGUUCGAGAAGGUCCUGAAAAUCGCUGAGAAAAUCGGGCUAACUGUGAAAGAAGUCUCAAAGCAUGAUUUGAAUAUGAUUGUCGAUAACCGCCCUCAUCAGGGACUCGUUUUGGAUGCUUCGCCCCUUGAAAUGGCGAAAAUUACUGAACUGGAUCCUGUCUCUGUUGGGGAGGGUGAAGGGUCUCUUUGGGUUGCCUUAGAUGAGGUAACCGACCCGCAGAAUCUGGGGGCAAUUAUUAGGUCUGCUUACUUCUUCGGAGCUUCGGGGGUAGUCCUCUGCGCGAAGAAUUCUGCUCCCUUAAGUGGAGUUGUGAGCAAAGCCAGUGCUGGGUCCCUUGAGCUGAUGGAGCUUCGGUAUUGCAAGAACAUGAUGAAGUUCUUGACAUCGUCAGCGGAAAAUGGGUGGAGAGUUCUUGGAGUCGUCUUGUCUAGAUCAGUUCCUGUAGAUGCAGUAGCACCUGGUCCGCCCACAAUUCUUGUUUUGGGUAGCGAGGGAACUGGACUGAGGCCAUUGGUGGAGAGGUCAUGUACUCAGCUGAUUAGGAUUCCUGGAAAUAUCCCUGUGGAUGUCAGUGCCGGGGAUAAUGAUGCGGAAGCCGAAGAGUUCCGAUCAUUCUUGGCUGUUGAGAGCUUGAAUGUGAGCGUGGCAGCAGGAGUGCUGCUUCACCACUUUAUCGGAGACAAUUACAAGAGGGAUCAGAUUCAGGGCAUAGAUGAUAAUGUUAAUGACCCAAUUGAGUGUGUAUCUUAAAUUAUCUGUGCUGGCGAAGUCUGGCUCACAAAUGUCUUCACAAUACAAAGGCUUUUGUUUCGGGUUGAGUUAGUAUUUAGUUUUGAUAUGCUGAAUGCAACUUCUCUUCUCCUAUGGCUGUUAUAUUUGCUCCAGUCAAGAAAAAUUAUUCCCAGUUA